AUGGAAGCCGUUAUCAAGUUGUUAGGCCUAGGCACUCUUGAUGUACGAUUUGUGGUGAUUCACGGGAUAGGGGGUAUUGGUAAAACAACUCUUGCUAAGGCUAUCUUUGAACGUAUCUCUUCCCAGUUCCAAAGUUGCAGCUUUCUUUUAGAUAUCCGUGGAAAUGAUAUUUUAACUUUGCGAAAGAAAUUGUCACGUGACAUCCUUGGUCUUCAACAUUCAAAAGUUAUUGAUGCUUAUGAGCGGAGGGACAUGAUCGAAGAAAGACUUCAUGAUAAGAAAGUCAUCCUUAUUCUUGAUGAUAUGGACAAGAAGGAUCAGCUCAUGAAGCUAGCUGGUGAGUCUAGUUGGUUUGGGCCGGGAAGCAGAAUUAUUAUCACAACUAGGAACACCCAUUUCUUAGCUCCCCAAACUGACUACCAAGAUGACAAUAUUAUCCCACUUAAUCACCAAGAUUUCUAUUUUUAUGAAAUGAAGAUAAUGGAGUUAGGCCACGCUCUUCAACUAUUUAGCAAGCACUCCUUCAAAAGUGAUUCACCUCCACGUGAUUACGUCAAUAUUUCAUGUGAAUUUGUCAAUACUAGUGGAGGACUACCAUUGGCACUGGAGGUCAUAGGUUCAUUUCUUCAUUUAAGAAGCAUGAGAACUUGGAAAGACACAUUGAAGAAGUUGCAAACAAUACCCAACACCGAAGUCAAGAAAAAGUUGUUGAUAAGUUAUGAAGAAUUGGACUUCUCGCAACAACAAAUUUUUCUCGACAUUGCAUGUCACUUCAUUGGUGAAAAAGAAUCCACGCAUAUUACAUGUGGAAAGCUUGUAAUUUUUUCCACAUCUUUUGGACUCAAUGUCCUCAUUCAUUUGUCUUUGAUCAAAGUCAAUGAAGAUGAUAGAUUAUGGAUGCACAAUCAACUCGGAGAUCUUGGAAGAGAGAUUGUCGAGCAAGAAUGCGUUAGGAAUCCUGAGGAGCGCAGUAGGCUGUGGUGUCCGAAGACUGCCUCAAAUGUGAUUCAGAAUAACUUGGGAACAAAAAACAUUGUAGCACUCAAACUCACAAGACUUGAUGACGAGCAUAAUUUUACGAGUGGCGAAUUUUCCAGGCUGCCAAGUUUAAGGUUCCUUGAAUUGGAUGGAGGAAACUUUGUCGGAGACUUCAAAAAUCUUCUCUUUAAUCUAACAUGGCUCUGUUGGCGUCAUUGCCCUUCAGAACUACAUGCCACCGGUUUACGUCUAAAGAAAUUGACUGUUCUCAAGCUUUCAGAGAGUGAUAUUAUGGAAGACUGGAAUGGAUGGGGAGCAUGCAUGGUAAAUGAUAACCUGAAAGUCAUAUAUCUAGAAAGCUGCAAUUAUUUAAAGAGGACACCCAACUUCUCUAAGUGCCUGAAUUUGAAAAGACUAGUUCUAAAAAAUUGUACGAGAUUGGAAGAAAUUGAUAGCUCUAUUAAUCAGUUAGGCCACCUGAAGUAUUUGGAAUUAGAUGGGAUGGAUCGUCCACUACAGAGAAUUCCACCCAUUUCUCUAUUACCAUACGCAAUUGAUGGUAUGAAAUCCUUGUCGGUUCUGAAGGUGGAAAAACAGGAUGGCAUUAGAGAACUUCCACCCUCAAUAGAAGGGCUACAAGUUUUGAAGCAUAUGUCUCUAAGUGGGUGUUGCAACUUUGUAGAGCUUUUGAUUCCAUUGGAAAGUUGA